ACACCAUCUGUGUCCAACGAGGGGCGUGUCACUGCUAAAGCAGCUUCGGUGUCAACAGACUCGUCGAUUCAGCAGGUUAAUACGAUUUGGUUCAACGCGAUUUCAUGUAGGCCAAUAAUCAUUUUCAGAAUGAGAAGAAUUUCCCUGAAGCAC